AUGGGGGAGAUUUCCAUCGUGCCCAACCUGACCACGCAGCGUCCUGGGGAAAGCAAAAAUCAGGCUGAAAAUGUUGUUUUCCUCCACAGCAACGUGCGGGCUCUGGCUGCAGAGAAGCCUCCGUGGGAUGUGGGGAGGCAGCCAUCGGGCAAGAUCCUCUCGCUGGACAGGCAAGGGGCCAAGAAAGUGCUGGAGAUCUACGUCAGGCGCUCGCUGAGCUGCUGCGAAAACUCGCUGGUGGCCAAAAAAACGCUUCAGGAGAGAGCCGGAGGGCGAGGGAGGAAGGCAGGCAGGCUGCAACGGUCGAAAAGCGACUUCUGCAAGUAUUCGUGUGCCAAACAUGGUCCCAAGAAGGAGCAGGAGGAGGGACCCAAAGCACCAGACCUGCUUGAGGCUCUGGAUAAUGAGAGCAAAGCUCCAGGGGAGGUCCCUAACGAGGAGCCGGAGCCCAAGAAGAAAAGCACAAAAAACUCUUCCCCGGGCAAAACCCAACGCACCUUGUUCAAAAGUUUCUUAAAUUUCUUCUUCAAGAAAAGCUCUGAGGACCAGAAGGAAAACGCAGGGCAAAAAGCAAAGGAGAAAGAUGCCAAAGCUCCUCACAGCUCCAAACCAGAAGGGGCGAAAAGACCCGGAGCGGACUUGAGCACAUCCCUGCCGCGGGGUAGAGCCCCGAAGAGGAGCCCCAGCCUCAAGAAGGUUUUCUCCUUCAAGAAGCAUGCGGAGGAGGAGCGGGGAGAGGUGGCAGCUGGGGCGAAGGCCAAGCGACCCAGCUGCCUUCCCCUGCGGCACGUCCAGGUGCCCGCCACAUCAGCAGACGCGGAGCAGCCCGAUGGUUACUACGCACGAGUCUCAGAUGAGAUCGGGCUGAUCGUGCAGGGCAGCGAGAGCCAGGGCAGCAGAGUGCGUGGAUGUGGGGAACCACCGCGGCCAGCCAGCACUGACGGGGUCGAUGAAGCCGUCAGGAGAAUCGUCGCCCUGCUCCAGAGUGCAGGAGAUGAGCUGGACAGGCAGGUGAAGGAAGAUGCACGGCUACGGGUGUUCCUCAGAGACAUGUCCUACAGCUCCUUCAAGAACUUGGCCGACGCCUAUGUCCGCAAGGAAAUGACGGCCAGCAGACCUGACGUCAACCCCCAAGAGAUCCAGUUUGCCUUCGCCGUGCACCUCACCGCCAAGGUGGCCGGCAUCUGCAAUCAGGCCGUGAACAGGAUCAUGGGCUUUGGCACCCGCUACCUGGAAGACUCGUUUGCACCCUUGUCCUACAGCAAAAUUCUCCAGGACAGAGAGAAGUUCAGCACAGACAACUGUGAGAGCCCGGACUGA